UACUUUAACAAAUUACGCAUGUUUUGUGCCUACAAGGCACUACGGCGGCACGCAAAGAGUUUGAAAAAAAUUUCGACUGGCAGGUUCGUGUUGCGCCAGCACGCAUAUUCCAAUAAAAUGGACCGGUACAAACACCCCAAAGCAGAAAAAAAUCUAUUCAUUAAAGUAACGAGUCGCAUUCGACAAGAUUUGAAUAUUAAUAAUUCUAUCGACGUCGCGUUGUGCGUUAGGAAUUGAAUUUCUUAUUUACAAGUGCAGCUCCGAUUACACACUAAAAUGGAAAACAAGGAUUAUUCCAAAACUAAACCUUCUCUGGACCCGUCGUUCGGUUUUAGUGCGGUGAGCUUCAUCGCCUACGUCGGAUUCAAGGCGAUAAACGUGCUAUACGUGCCGCACUUCGUGUACAGGCUUUUCCGGAAACCGAAACGCUGCGUGCCGAUUUGCGACGACGUUUUGCGCAUGCCCGCCGGCGUUUUGGCGGGAAAAAUUCGUAAUCGAGAGAUUUCCUGCGAGAACGUAAUCCAAACUUACGUGGCUCGCGUUCGGGAAGUGAACCCAUUUAUCAACGCGGUUAUCGAAGACAGGUUCCAGGAGGCUCUGGAGGAGGCGCGAAAGGUAGACGAGCUACUUACAUCGGGAAAUGUCCCAGCAGAUCGGCCAUUGCUCGGGUUACCCUUGUCUGUAAAGGGCAGCCUCUCCGUAGAAGGACUGAGGAACACUGCCGGUGUCGUUGGUAGGAACGACGUCGCGGAAUGCGACGCGCCGGCCGUUCGCAGGGCAAGGGUGGCGGGCGCGAUACCGCUGCUGACGUCAAACGUGCCCGAGCUAUGUAUGGAUUGGGAGACGUCGAACAAGCUGGUGGGGUCUACCAAGAACCCCUACGACGUCACGAGGACCGCUGGUGGUUCUUCGGGCGGCGAGGCGAGCCUGCUCGCAUCGGGUGCUUCGUUGCUCAGCUUGGGCUCCGACAUGGCGGGCUCCCUAAGGUUGCCGGCUCAUUUUUGCGGAGUCUACGGCCACAAGCCCAGCCCGGGGGUUGUGUCCAACAAGGGGCACUAUCCCGACUGCCGGGACCGCCCCCGUUGGGAUCGCGCGUUCGUGGUGGGCCCCAUGGCCCGUUACGCUUCCGACUUGAGGUUGCUGCUGAGGUCAGUCGCGGUUCCCGAAGCGCUGGACCGUCUGGCACUGGAUGAAAACGUGAACUUGCGGCGGAUCAAAGUGCGCUACCUUCGAGGCAUCGACUCGUACCACUGCGACGAACCGAGAGCCGACGUCGCGGCGGCCGUCGACAGCAUCGUGCGUCACUUUGCCAACAUUUGCGAGUCGGCUGUCACUGAACUCGACGCGCCCGUCAUGAAAUACAUUCCGGAAGUGGCGGCGCUCUGCCUGCUGGACAUAGACGACGUGGAGAACAUCUUCAAGGGUAGGGGCGAGGGUUGUUUCGCGGAAUUGUUCCGUUACUGCACCCUGCGCUCGGAUCACACGCUCAUGGCCAUCUUGUACGGGUUCGCGAGGCGCGCUCACGGUCUCGUACCCGCACGCGUCUUGGAGGAGGCGCGCCGGUACCUGGGCCAAAUGGAGAACAGCAUCGCCGAAGCGUUGGGACCUUCCGGAGUGCUGGUGAUGCCCGUUUACCCACGCGCCGCCUACCGCCAUGCGGACUCGCUGCGGAAAACACUCGUCAGCGGAUAUCUGUCCAUCUUCAACGCUCUCGGCUUCCCGGUGACCAGCUGUCCUGUGGGAAGAACGCGGGAUGGGCUACCGGUGGGCGUGCAGAUCGUCGCUUUGCCGGACGGCGACCGGUUGACGUUGGCGGUCGCGGAGGAGAUCGAGAGAGCGUUCGGCGGUUGGAAACCGCCCCAGUAGUUUAGGAAUUGCGUUUUUUUUUUUGGGCAGGGGGGGAGGGGAAGGGAGUGUUUUUUUAUGCGUUUAAGAUAUUUAUUUUUUAUGUUGAAUAAAAGAUUA